CACGGGCUGUGAGCAGCACUAACCUUGAAACAGAAUAGCCAGAGAGUGACUUGAUAUUGGGGAAUUGAAAAGCUUGAAGCUUUGGCAUCCUCCUGUCCUGUCUGCCUUCAGAUUUCAAAGUUGAAAGCUUUUAGGGUGAGUUUGUUCUCUCUCGGAGUAGCUUGUUUAUUUCAUUUCCGAAAUGUUUAAUCUUCCUAGGAAAACCAUUAGUAUCUUUCAUAGGCUUUCUUCAUACAUUGUUAUGUACAAGUCGCCCUCAUUCCUCAGAGUUAGAUGCAUCUCAACCACCUGUUCAGACCUAUCUCAAUCUUUUGCAUACUCUUACCUUAUAGACAAAUUUGGGUUCUCCCAGCAAUCUUCUUUGGCGGCUGCCAAGUAUCUCCGUUUUAAAACCCCAGAUAAACCUGAUUCUGUCAUUGCAUUUUUGGAGAACCAUGGGUUUUCAAAAACCCAAAUACAACAAAUCAUCAGGUUACGGCCGAACCUGCUGUAUUCUAAGGUUGAGAAUAACCUUUUGCCCAAACUCGAGUUUUUCCGAUCUAGAGGUGUCUCAAGCCCUGACCUUAUCAAAUUCUUAUUUAACAACCCCACUAUUUUAUCUCGUAGCUUAGAGAAUCAGAUUGUCCCUUGUUUCAAUCGCCUUAGCAAUCUGCUCCAAUCUGAUGACAAGGCUGUUAAAGCUAUAAAACGUUACCCAUUUCUUGUCACAUGUAAUUUUGAUGCUUAUAUGUUACCUAAUAUCAAUUUUCUGCUGGAUAAUGGAGUGCCUGAAUCAAAUAUCAGAGCAAUGUUUCUUUACCAUCCUAGAUCCUUUGUCAUGAUCCCUGAUCGGUUUAUAGAGAUUGUGAAAGAAGUGAAGGAAAUGGGGUUUGAUCCUUUGAAGAUGAAAUUUCUUCGUGCUGUCAUUAUGUUUAGAAAAAUGAGCAAAACUAUCCUGGAGAGAAAAUUUGAUGUUUACAAGAAAUGGGGUUGGUCUGAACAAGAGAUUUGGGAAGCUAUUCGAAAGACUCCACAUUGUAUGGACUUUUCAGAGGAAACAAUUAUGGCAACGAUGGAUUUUCUUGUGAACAGAAUGGGCUUUAAGCCUUUGCUCAUUGCCAAUCAACCAAGUGUUCUAUGUCGAAGCUUGGAGAAGCGGAUUGUUCCAAGGGGACUGUAUGCUCAAGAGUUGUUAUCAAAAGGUUUACUGAAGAAGUAUACAUUGUCUGGAUUGUUUGACACUUCAGAAAAGGUAUUCAUACAGAGCUUUGUUAACCGAUAUGAAGACAUAGCACCAGAGCUGUUAAAGCUGUACAAAAAAAAAGUGGAUCUUGCCACAGGAGGCAAAUAUAGAACAAGGAAGUUGUAGAAUAAGCACUUGCUAAAGUAUGGUAUUAGCAAUGAAAUGCCACCCUGUGAAUAAUCCAGCUAUUCAAACAACAAAAGAAACUAUAGGUUUGGUGUGCCCUCAACGGAAUAAAAAGAAUGUUUUCUUUGAAAAUAAAGUGAGAGAUAUGGUUGUGCAGGAGAAAUUGAAAAAAGAUGAUUGUAAUUCUUAUUAUGAUUCAGUGUUAUUGAAAGUCCUUGCCAUGCCUUCUUAAUAUGUGCUUGAUCGAAGAAUAGUAAUCUUGCUCAAAGUGCAACUGUGAAGUGAGUCUUAUUUGCAGAGCUUACCAAUGUCUUGGGUACACUAGAUGAAAUGAGUCUUAUUUGCAGAGCUUACCAAUGUCUUGGGUUCAUUAGAUUGUUUUCAUACAAAGUAGUUUUGCAGUUCCAAGAAUGCUGCUGUGGCAAAGAACACCUUACAAUGUUAUGACAUAAUCACAUGAAGAAGUGGUGCUACAGCUGUAAUUUAAAACAAAUGGAAAGGCAAUAUUCCAUCCUUGUUUUCGUGUUGCCAAACUCUUGGGCAUUUUUAAUACUAGGAUCAAGCAUUUUAGUAUGUAUUCUCUUGUCAAUUUAGAAUAAUACUUUCUCUAAGUACCAUGGAGUGUGGAGUAGAAG